GUUAUAGAUCGAUCAGUAGUGCUUGUGCCGCAGCUUGCUGUAGUGCAUGCAGCCAUCAACAGUGUCUGUUCGCCCUGCAGUGUGUUGCUGCCAAGCAUCGCUUGCACGAUGAGGUCCUGGAUUCUGUUGCUACCUGUUUUCAUGGAGCUGUUUGCACCCGCACAUUGUCAAAAUUAUCGUGAUGGAGAUGUUCGUCUGGUAGGAGGUUCCUACCAGUGGGAAGGUAGAGUGGAGGUCUACAUGUCUGGAGAAUGGGGUACCAUCACUGACUCUGACUGGACUGAUGAUGAUGCUGUAGUAGUCUGUCGAAAACUGGGCCACUUCAAAGCAGGUGCCAGGGCCUAUUCCAAUGCCUAUUUCGGAGAGGGCCAAGGGUCAAUAAACCUGGACUCUGUGCAGUGUUCGGGGUCAGAGUACAACCUGACUGAGUGUGUGAUAGGGAGCUCUGGUAGUGGCACUAGUCACUCUAUGGACGUUGGAGUCCAAUGUCAACCUGCUGAUGGUUCGUACAGAAAUGGAGAUCUUCGUCUGGUGGGAGGACCUCACAACUGGGAGGGUAGAGUGGAGGUCUGGAACAGAACCUGGGGAGCUGUCAGUGACUCUCAGUGGAGUACCCCUGAUGCCAACGUCGUUUGCAAGCAACUCAAACACUCUGACAGCGGAGCAGUUAUCCCAUGCUGCAAUAAUUAUGGGGUUGCGUCAGGAGCCAUCCUAAUCACUGAAGUAGUUUGUACCGGAUCUGAGACCAGAAUAGAAUUUUGUUACUAUCAAAUGAACACUGACAGUCUUUUAAGCCAUGAGUAUGAUGUACUAGUUCAAUGUCAAGAAGGAAACGAUACAAGCGAAGGAGAUAUCCGGUUGGUUGGGGGGACCAACCACUGGGAAGGCAGAGUUGAAGUAUUCUUAUCUCGUGAAUGGGGGACUGUGUAUGAUUAUCGGGCAUACACUGCUGAUGCAGUAGUGGUCUGUCGACAGCUGGGUUAUAGUGUAAAAGAUGUUAGGGAGAGGUGCUGUUCUGUGUUUGGAGAAGGAACUGGUCCAAUUCAUUUUCAGUUGUACCGAAGUUGUGGAGGAGGGGAGUUCAGGCUAAUUGACUGUGGCUAUAAUAGGGACGUCUCUCAAACGAGAUACUCUCACUCACGUGACUGGGGUGUCUUCUGUUCCAUAGAUGGACAAGAUCCUUGGGAUAUCCGUCUCAAUGGGGGCAGUAGUGGGCAGUUGCAGGUGUAUCUGUCAGAGCAGUGGCAACCCAUCGCCAACUCGUACUCAACAUGGACAUCAAACAACUCUAGAGUGGUUUGCAGAGAACUUGGAUUUGAUCCUUACCCUACUGAUUCAUCGUCAUUUUACAGGCAUAAUACAUACUCUCCAAGCCCUCCGGUGACCACAAUAAACAAUGUCACAUGUAGCGGAGAUGAAUCAAGUCUUCAAAGCUGUGUUCAUGCAUUCACACUCUUAUCUUCUUACCCGACUGUUGGAGUGGAAUGCCUUGGUGUUGCCUGUCGUUAUGGAGAUAUGAGACUAGCAGAUGGAGGAACUGAAGCAGAGGGAAGAGUAGAACUAUGUAUCGACAACAGGUGGGGCACUGUCUGUGACAAUAGAUGGAAUGAAAAUAGCACAGCUGUAGCCUGUAAACACCUUGGAUUCAGCGAAAUUGUCAAUGAAUCGAGGUAUUUUUCAUCCGAUAAGUUUGGGAAAGGCAGUGGACCGUACUCAUUGACUACAUCAACUGUACCGGAUUGGAAGGAAGUUUGUGGAGAUGGUGUAAUCAUUUCACCCACCCCUCUGGGUGCUCUCAUGAUAGUGACGUUGGAGUGACAUGUCAGCCAGCUCGUUGCUCUGAUGGGCAGCUGAGGCUGACAGAUAGGCCAGAAGUGACAUAUGGGCGUGUUGAGAUCUGCUCCCAUCAAAGAUGGAACACGUUCUACAGUUCAAACUGGUUUGCUACCAAUGCAAAGGUUGCUUGCGUUGAACUCGGAUUCAGAGGUUACGGCAACAGUCUAACAUCCUUUGGAGGUGGUGGAGGACCCAGGUUCAACCAGUACUUCAGAUGUACUGGAUCAGAGUCGAGACUGUCCGAGUGCCAGAGCUUUAAUGAGACGGCAUCAAGAUCUAGUGAAUACGAUGUGGGAAUAUACUGCCGUCCCGCAUAUUGUACUGAUGGAGAGUUGAGGUUAUGGAGGGAGAGAGUGAUUUUGAAGGGAGGGUGGAGAUGUGUCUCAGUAGUAGAUGGGGCACCAUUGGAGGCAAUGGCUGGACACAGACCAACUCUGAUGUUGUCUGCAAUGCCCUUGGAUAUGACACAACAAAUGAGCCGGCUAACCAGUCCACCCCCGUGGCUCCAUCUAAACCACUGCACUACCACACCAUCAGAUGCACCCGUCGAGACCUAACGCUACUCGACUGCGGCUUUAAAAAGAGCUCUCCGUAUGACUAUGCAGAGAUUGAACGUCGAGCCAUUGUCAAGUGCAAAGAACCUGCAUGUGGAGAUGGUGAUCUGAGACUUGUUGGAGGUAAUACAAAAGAAGAAGGAAGACUUGAAGUCUGUUUUGGGAACAGAUGGGGAACCAUAAAUGGAGAAAGAUGGACACACACUGACACCGAAGUGGCUUGCAAACAACUUGGCCAUUCUACUUCAGAUGUUUCUUACCUCCAUAACUGAGAGAGCAGCGCUAUUAUAAGUCAGUCGCUACCAACAUUCAUGACAGUGGUUGGCUGCUAUGGCUCAGAGGAGAGAGUAGUCGACUGUGACUACCAGGAUUUCCGUUACUCGAGUUCCCCUACCACUACAAUGGACGUCAGCAUCAGCUGUGGCAGUGAGGAGAGUUCUGCACAAGCAAGUAGUGUGGCGAUGGCUUCACUGUCGAUAUCCGUCAUCCUGGCUGUGGCGGUUAUGCUCUGGUUGCCGUUUUAAUUGCUCUGCUUGUGCUACAACGGAGGAGAAAGAGGAGAGAUAAGGGAUUACCUCAUCACUCCACCCAUGAUCCCAAUACUGGUGGUCGAUACAGCUCUUCUGGCAUCGCCUUCAGUAGCAAAACCGAACAGUCGCGAUGGACAACAAGAUGGCAAUGGAAGACUCCCAGCCGAGAGCUACGAAGAAAUGGACACUUUGAAUCGUUAUCCAGUUCCGCCAAAACCACAGUCGAAACGACCACCAAACAGGGCAAAAGCGGCGCCUCGGAAAGUGGAUUCGACUCGAUAUGCUCGAGGUGGCAACUCCAGACCUACAGCUGGUCCAAGCCUCAACACCACGUCCAGCAGUAGAGGCCAAACACGAGACAGCCGAGUCCACCUUCGACUCCCCAGAGGCCAUUAUGAAUGUCCCCGAUCACAGACGAGGACUAUUGACUCGAUUUUUUUUGACAAUGACAUUAAGUGCAUGUUUCACAAUGUAAGACUUAUUCUGGGGAAACAGUAUGAUACAGUAUUGAACUUCAAUGUACUAUAUUUAGUGUGGUACUACUUUGUCAUAAUGUGUACACAAUAAUACUUUGCUAAUGCA